UGACGUAAGCAGUAGCAGGUUGUUGUAUACACAGCAGUGGCUAGCAUCACAGUGGAGCCGUUAAACAUCCGGUUAUCACGGUAGAUAGGGUGAAUUCACGUCGUUAGAGGCCAUUCGGUAGCAAAAGUUUAUUUUUAUGUAGUUUGGUGAGGAUGUCUGUCCCGUCAGGAGCGGGAUGAAGAUGACACAGCUGUUUCAGCGAAGAAGAAGAAGUGUGUCAUUGUGGCUAUAUAUAGCUGUAGUAUGCUGGUCUUCUAGGCUGUUUGUUGAAUGUGUGGAAUCCCACCCAGAGGACCAAAAAUCCGGGUCCACACAGAUCCACGUCCCACAUGAGCCGCCUUAUCAGGAAACUGAAGUUAGCCUUAGUUUCUCUGCUCAGCCUCCAUUUAACAGUGAGCAGCCGACAGCAGCCGAUCCCCCAGAAACACAAGAGGAGGAGCUAAAAGCCCAAGCAGAGAACUUUGUAGCAGAGACAUCUGCUUCAGAAGGAGAGCCGGACGCACUCGAUGUGAUUUCAAACCCUGAAAGUGCCUCGUAUCCCGAAGCGGCCGUCUCUCAGGAUCAGGGUUCUGUCCUUCAGCCGCCUUCCAGCAACUCUGAGUCUGGGACGUCUGCACUGAAUGCAGAUGAUUCCGGCAGCGCCGGCCUGCAGGAGUCUGACCAGAACAGUGCUUCAAGUGAUGGGUCUGGUGCAGCCAGUAUUGAAACUGGUUCUGACCCGCUUCAAAAUGACUGUGAGGAAGAGGAGGAGAACCCUUAUGACACAGAAAGACCUCCGUUGGUUCUGGAAAACACUUCCAACGUUCACACCACCGGGACUAAAACCCACGCAGACCCCCCUCUGAGCCCCCCGGCUGCUCCCGCCGACACCCGUCUGGAAUCCAACGCGUCCCACAAGCUGACGGAGUCGCCGGGCCUGAGCCCCACCGCCACGGCAGACGGCGACUCCGGUGGGAGCAAAGAGCCGGAGGACAUCCCCACCUUCGAUGAGUGGAAACGCAAGAUGAUGGAAGUGGAGAAGGAGAAGACUCUGUCCACUGACACCUUCAUCAACGGGGGCUCCCACGUACCCAAGAAGGUCCAGAAACAUUUCAAUAAUUACGCUUCUGUGGAGUGUGGAGCCAAGAUACUCGGUGCAAACCCAGAGGCUAAGAGCACUUCAGCCAUCCUGAAGGAGAACAUGGACUUGUACAUGCUGAACCCCUGCAGCACCAAAAUCUGGUUUAUUAUUGAGCUCUGUGAGCCCAUCCAGGUGAGACAGCUGGACAUCGCAAACUUUGAGCUUUUCUCCUCCACUCCGAAAGAUUUUCUGGUCUCCAUCAGUGACAGAUACCCAACGAAUAAAUGGCUGAAAUUGGGAACGUUUCACGCCAGAGAUGAACGCACAGUUCAGAGCUUCCCGCUAGACGAGCAGCUUUAUGCUAAAUAUGUAAAGAUGUUCACCAAGUACAUAAAGGUAGAGCUGGUCUCUCACUUCGGCUCAGAACAUUUCUGUCCUCUCAGCCUCAUCAGGGUGUUCGGGACCAGCAUGGUGGAAGAAUAUGAGAUCGCAGAUCCCUCAGAGCGAGCUGAUGAUCAAGACGACGAACUGGUAGAUCCCACUGGAUUUUUUCCUGGAGAGCCCAAGUCUUCUGAGAAUCUUAUCGGAUCGGCUAAAGACGCCAUCAUGAACAUGGUCAACAACAUCGCUAACAAUGUUCUCGGGGGAUCCGCAGAGAUCAAAGGCAACGUUUCUUCUCAGGAAGAGAGGAAAAGCGAGCCUCCGGAAGAGCAUGAGGCCUCCUCUGAAGGCGUGACCUCUGACCUCCCUGAGGCUUCAGACAGUGAAGAUAUGCAGAUUUUACCGGGAACGGACGUCCCUCCAGCUGAACCACCGUCUUCAGAGACCCCCCUGCCAGAAGAAGCUGCGAAUACAGAGAGCGAAGUUCCUCAGGAGGAGAAACGAUUAGUCAUUCUUUUGGAGAAAGAGGAAGAGGAACCGAUGAGAUCGACUGUCAUCCUCCUGGAAAAGGAGGACAAGCCGUACGAAGAGCAAAGAGACGCUCCGGAGCAUCAUCAAGUAGAUCCAAGCUGCUGCAGUCCGGCGCCUUCCCUGCGGGAUUACGUCCAGCGCCAGAGCUCUGCUAAAAGCAGGAAGUGCCAGACGGGAGACAGAGAGCCGGAAAGUCCACCCAUCCACCCAUCAACACCUUUAGCGCCCUCUUCUGAACCUGAGCCGCCUCACACUGAUGAUGAGGCGGCUUCUGAGCUGACAUCACAGCCUGUAGAAGAAUCCAUAUCUGAGGUGUUGGAUCCCAGUCUGACCUUAAACCUCCCCGCCCUUAUAGUCUCCGAGUCCUCCUGUGCCCAGCCCGGCACAACAGUUCAAACCCCGCCCCUUUCUGCUUCUGCUGAGGAACCACAAAGGAGCCAGGAUGCGUCGGUGGAAGAGGAGCACCUUCAGACGGCAGAGUCUCCCAGCAGCUCUGUCCACGUGCAGCCCACCAUCAGCUUCCCAGCAGUGGAUACGUCCGUGACCCCAACUGUUGACAAGUCCAACAUCGAUGCCACUUCAACAGAAAUGACUGUCCCCGUCCCGACACAAGAUCUGUUUUCUGUCCUCCCGCCCACUUAUUCUGCUCAAUCGGAACAGCCGGCGGAGGCACCCUCUGCACCUGACGGCGCUCCCGGUCCCCUGGAAGGAUCCGGCCCGAUUCCAGAGCCCGUCAUCGAGGCCGAGCCUUCUGGUGGCCAAGCGGCAGAUGCAGAUGCUGAAGAUGUCCCUGCUUCCUCAAAUGCCAAUGGUCAGUCGCCGCACCCCAACUCUGCAGCUUUUCCUCAGGGCUCCGCCUCCGACAUCUACGCGGAGCCGUUCAACGGCACCGAGCAGAACGGGAACCCCAUGCAUGGGUCCAGCCAGAAGGAGUCCGUUUUCAUGAGACUCAACAACCGCAUCAAGGCGCUGGAGGUGAACAUGUCGCUCAGCGGACGCUACCUGGAGCAGCUGAGCCAGAGGUACCGAAAACAGAUGGAGGAAAUGCAGAGGGCUUUCAACAAGACCAUCAUCAAACUCCAGAACACAGCGAGGAUAGCCGAGGAGCAGGACCUGCGUCAGACUGAAUCCAUCCAGCUGCUGCAGAGCCAGCUGGAGAACAUGACUCAGCUGCUCCUUAACCUGUCUGUCAGAGUCAGCCAGCUGCACGAUGAGGUGUCGGACAGGCAGACCUACCUGCUGCUGUCCCUCAUGCUGUGUUUGUGCCUCGGCCUCCUGCUGUGCGUCAACCGCUCCCGCUUCACCGGCUCUCCAGCCAUCGAACCGGAGCCGCCCGCGCCCAAAAGCUACACCUACUGCUGUGCUGAAAGGCCUUUGUCAUCCUGUGAGGAGGCGGGGCUUAAGAGAAGCGCCUCUUAUCCACUCAUCCACACCGACUCUUUGCAGUUAGCCACAUCUGCAGAUCCAGAAGUGCUGCAUGCAGAGGAGACGCAAAGUCUUUGUCCAACAAACAGGAAGAGGAGACGGCGGAAGUUGAAGCUGCUGGACAAAGGGGAGGUGCUGAAAGCGUCCAUAAAAGCUGCUCCAGAGCUUUGUAACGGCGCCGCGUGCAAAGGAGCGCCCGUUUCCACAAACCCCACAGCCCUGACGAAACGCUUACUACUGCCCACCUUCAGAGACUCGCCGUCAGAAGGCAGCUCGGAGGGCUCCUCGCAGUCCGACGAGCCCUCCUUCUGCGGCAUCGCCGCCGCCUGCCCCCGCGUCUGCGACGGCCUCCCCCCGUCCAAAACCCGGGCGGAGAAGCGGGCGCUGGGACGCAGACCCCCGAAACCUCGCUGCGCCAACCUGGGCCUGCCUCGCGACUCUCAGAGGGACAGGAUUGAAGUGCUGCCUGUUACAAUACAAGACCUCCUCAGGAGGAAACCAGAGCGGCGCUCCGGCACUUUGGCGACGCUCACAGGUUCUGUUUGACUUUCAAAAGACACAAAGGCCGCUGAAGAACGUCAGAUCCAACUCUUCGCCAAAGAGUUCCUCACUCCUAGAGGGCUUUGAGCUUCAGCAUCAGACAAUCGGUUUGUUUUCCACAGGAGCUUCUGUCAAACUUUGGUUUGCUACAUGUCAAAAGUCUUCCCUGCUUUCCAUUAAAUCAUUUCUGUUUUUCCACCAA